AUGCAGUUCCUACUCUACCUCACAUUGUGCCUCCUCAUCGCUAUAAUGCAAGAUUUAACAGGAUCUACUCGCACAUUGGACCAUAUAUUUGAGUAUCAUGAAAUUCAUGUACGGGACAAUGAGGGACGCUCUGUAAUAAUAGCAUUUGUGCUCAAUGCAAUUAUUGGAGCACUAAUUCUUUGGAAUGUUGUAGGCAGAACAAAGUUGUGCCUUGACUUUAGUUGCACCUUCCAUGGGUUACAUUUACUUGCCUGCUGGGUGUACAAUGGUUCAUUCCCAACAACAUUCUCCUGGUGGAGCCUUAACAUUGCCUGCGCAGCCAUCACAUGUGUUACAGGGGAGUUUCUGUGCCUACGGACCGAGCUACAAGCCAUACCGCUAAGCAGCAUUGGCGCCAAAGUUGAUUUA